AUGAAAGUUAAAGAAAAGUGGGUUGGAGUUUAUACAAGCAGAAUAAUGCACCUUAGUGCUACAACAACACAAUAUGAUAAAAGUGCACAUUCGGCUAUAAAAUAUGCUAUUGAGACUUCAGAAAUAGUACCUAAAGUCAAACUUUCUGAAAUAAAGAUUCCAGAACAAAUUAGAAAAAAAGGUCACUCUUCAGGUACUAAACAAUUACCAAUUGCAUUGGAAAAUAUGGAAGCUAAGAGAAAGAAAAAUAAAGUUGAUGUUGCACUUGCUAUUGCUAUUCAGGGAAAUGAAGAAAACUGGAAUCUUGUUAAAUUGGCCAUAAAUAAUAUUAGAGUCUCAGGCAUCACCAUGUUUAUCUUCACUUUGGUUUUUGUCACCAGAUUGUUACAAUUGGCUGCUGAUACUUUUUCCAUUCCUAUUGCCAUCUUUUAUGAAAAGGAUAAACAGUAUGCAAUGUUUUCCUGUUAG